CUUAAAAAAAAAAUAAAGGAGAAUGAAAUUGGUUUUGAUUGGUUUUUAGUUUUUUAGUGAGAGAAUUUUUGAUAAACUCUUGUUUUUGUAAAUUAAAUAAAUUGGGAAGUUUACAUUUGUCGAACGGCGAGAACAGUAAAUGUUCAUUUCAUUGGAAUAUUAUUAUAUUAAUUUUGAUCUUUUAAAUUUGCCGCCAUUACAAAUUCUGCAGCGCAAAUAAACACAAAAAAAAUCGACUAUUUUUUCGAAAUGGAUUGUUUAUUUUCAACUAAGAAGUGACAAAUUUAUUGAGAAUUUUUAUUUUUCCAAAGUCGAAAUUAAAUUCCUUAAAUGUAAAUAUGUUUUAGUUUCGUAUGUUUUAAUUGAAAGUCUAGUCUAGUAGUUUUGAUAUGGCUACCACCAGCAGUUCGGAUGACAGUAUUGCUCCUAGAGAUUUUCAUUUAUCUACUUCCACAGACAGUGGCAGUCGUCUAAGUCCUAACAGACAAAAAUGUCCUUUGUGUCGCAAGUUUAGGAAAGUAUUUUACUGCAAAGAUUGCUUUCACAGUGGUUUAUUUUACAGUUCCAAACAGAAGAUAACUGAUGGGUACUUAGACAAGCAAAAAGCCCUUUUAGAAUUGGAAGACAAUAAAAAAACAUUGGAGAGAAACUGUGUGAAGCUGUUGGAAAAUAAACAGAGGUCAGAUAUUUUGAAUUCAAAAAUUAGACAAGCCAAAGAUAGAAUAAGAUCCAUUAGAUCCGCAAUUGAGGAAAAAAAAAUAAAAAGAGCCCUAAAUAAUGAAAAACUAGCAUCUUUAAAGGACAAAAAUGAAAAACGCACUGAAAGUUUACCAAAAUAUGAAAAUAAAGUAAGAGAACAUGAAAGUUAUGUAGGGUUAAGGCAUGAAAAAGUUGUAAAAGCAAGAGGGAAUGUAAAAAAGAAACAAGAUGAGUUAAGACAACUUGUAAGGAUGAGAAUUCAACAGCUUUUUAAAUACAUUUUUCCCAUUUGCAUUGUGAAACCAACUAUGGAAACUGAACUUUCUAGUGAUGAUAUGGUAAAUGCUUUGGCUGAAGCAUCUCAAACAACUUUCAUUAGUGAUCGUUGGGAAUACUCUGAUUAUUUAGGGGAGAUGAAAUAUUGUAUUGCAGGGCCAACUUUACCAGGAUCCGGAAAUUACUCUGCUUACAAUAUAUGGGUUGCACAAAACCAAGAUGCAGUUCCUGGUUCAAAUAUUGCCAGCUCUGUAGAGUCAAAUCCAGCUUUUAGCAUAAGUGCUGCUCUAACUUAUACAGCACAGUUAAUCAGUGUUUUAUCAUAUUAUUUAAAUAUCAGGCUUCCUUACAAGAUGCAAUAUAGCGAUUUUUGUAAUAGUUAUAUGAACGAACAACAGUUUGCAAGAAGAACUGCUCGAUUGAAUGCUAAUAUACUAUAUUUAUGCUUUGUUCAAAACGUGGAUUUAAGUACACUAAAUGCAGCCAAAACUAUUCAUAACAUUUUACAAAUGAUAGAGGAUCCAAAUGCUGAUUUAGGAAGAGAUGAUGCCGUUGAAUAUGACAUUCAUCAAGCUGUUGCUCUAGAGCAAGAUAUAUCAAAUGAUCUCAAAACUAGUGAUGACUCAGAUUCAGAAGAAGGCGAUUCAUUUCCAGUGGAAUGGGAAGCAGUACCUCAUGUGCAAUGUCCUGAAAUAGCGGCGGGUCCCGCUAUCAGCCAGUCUCCGCAAAUGAUGACGACUCAACAAGCCAGCAGUAUGGCAGGAGGUUUAGUAAACAGUGCAGCUGCUAGUAUAGCCUCUAUUUGGCGGGGGUUCACCUUUGGUAGGUAGUUUCUGCUGUAAGAUUCUAAAUAUUGAAAACUAUAUUGGCAAUGAAGUUACAAGCUCCAAACUUCAAAUAGUCAUUUUAUUGUUUUAAUGUCAAUACAGAUUGAAUCAAAAAUACACACAGAAUAACUUUGGCUGCUUCCUGUAUGUUCCAGAUUUAUUGGCUAUUUAUGAAGAUACAGUUUGAAAAUAUUAAUAAGAUUUUAAAUAGUUAAAUUUAAUCUGUUUGCCAAUUUAUAUUAACAUUAGAAUUCCAGCAGUGCUGUCCCCAUUGCCUUUGUCCAUCUUUUUCAAUAAACUCCCAUCUAUACUAUUAAUAGAAACGUAUUUCAUUGGAACUGAUUAACUUAAUUAAAUAUAUUUAACAAACAUUUGAGGUUUUUAUGGGUUUUUUAUCCUUUGCUAUUUUUGUUUCUUCUGGUAAAAAAAAAAACGUUUUAAGAUAUCUGUGAUAUAUUGUCUUAUUAAUAAUAAAAACAAGUAGCUUGGAAUAAAACUGAACCUCAUUAAAAAUAUGGACUAAGGACCAAACAAAGCCAAGUCAGGAGAUUGUAGUUUCAUAAUUCAUUCUCUUAUGUAGAUGUGGUUUUUUUCUUUUAAUGUAUGUAGCUCUAGAGCUAUAGUAAUAUAUUUUUUAUCUUGUUUUUGUGAUUUUGAUAUUUUGUGUUUAGUUACAGAGAAUAAGGAAAGAACAUAAACUCUAAUCAAAAUUAUCGAACCAAGUUGAUUUUAUUAAUAAAAAAUCAUGAAUUCUUGAAUAAAAUAAAACCAAAAAUAACAUUCGUAGAAACAUAAUUACAGGGUGUGUGAUAAUUUUGAACAGGGGGUUAUGUGUUAUUUCGAAAAGUUUAUAUAUAAUAGAUAAAUAAUGUGAUGUUAUUUGGAAGAAAUUGAAAAAAAUGUUAUCAAUAGGUGACUAAUUUUUUUGGAAAAUCAUUUUUAGUUACUUUCAUUGUUAAGAAUGUAUAAACAAGGUGAAACUUUUACAUAAAACAGUGAAACACAAUAUGUUAAUGAAUAAACCAAUGUUGAAAAUAAGUGAAAUCACAAUCUAUAAAAAUAACUUACCUUUAAGUAGGCAGACCCUAUUUUCAUGAGACAUGAAAUGGAAUAUGGUUAAAAAAGUGUUUGUUUCACAUUGAAUUGACAAUCAUUAUACUCGAAUAAUAUUUAAUAUAAAAUUUCCCACUCGACCAUUCACUAUUGGGUUCUAAUUAACAGUGCUGUUCCUAAAGUGGCGCUGGGAAACAGUAACAAAGCCACACAGAACACGAGGCUAAUGGCCUUAGUAGUCGAUGCCUACGACACCAAAUUAAAAAAAAAAACUUCUCACACUCUUGCGACACAAUUUUGUCAUAAGUCAAUUGAUAUAUUAAAAUAUGUGCAAAAAGUUUUUACUCCACCAAAAAUAUAUUUUAUAUACAAGUAUCAAUUUGAUUUUGUUAAAUACGGACAUGUUUUUUGUUUCGGAUUUUUUUUAAGUAUUUUCAUUUUAAACUUAAAGAUUAUGUCUGGGCUUUUUUGUUAUUGAUUGCAAAUGUUUAUUUAAAAUUAAUUUGUUUUAAAUAAAUUGUAGAAAAAUCACUGUCUGAAAUGUGAAUACAGUUAGAACAUUUCUAGGUGAAUUUUAAAGAUUAUGGGUUAUUAAUCAACAUUUUUGAUAAAAUGCCGGGUUAGGGGCACUAGAGAAAUAUGAUGAAACAGCGUAUGGUCUACCUACUCAUAAGUCAAAUGUAUUUGAAUGGACUUGGUUUUGCUACUUAUUUUUGUGUACUGUCAUAUUCACUGCUGACAGCAAGUAAACAAAAAACCAACAAAAAACAAACAAAAAAAAAUGUAUGGAUAAUUUCAAAUUUAAAAAUAAUAGGAAUAUUUUAUCAUAAUUCAAUCAUGAGGUACGUGAAGAAAAAUUAUUGCACUCGAUAUUUUCUUUAUCUGGAUUGAAUUACUGUCUCGAGGAUAAUAAAGUACGUCCCAAAGAAAUACAUAAAAUUCAUUGUGAGUUGGGUUUGUAAAAAAUCAUUAAACACAUAAUUUCCAACUGUACUUAUUAAUAAAUUUGUAUUUACCUUUUUUUCAUAGACCUUUGACAGCUUCGAUAUUUUGAGAUUACUUAUUUGCAGCUAUUGAAAACUGUAUCAGAUGCAUUGUGUUAAUAACCAGUCUCUUGAUAUGUUUUCGUCUUCGAGCAUAUAUAUUUCAUAGAAUCCGCAUUCAAUAGGGUUUGUUUACGUUAUGAGGGGAAAUUCCUAGACACUAUUACCGGUGUGGCAUCAUUUUUACGGGGUUUGCAAUUAAUAUAAAUAAUAAAUUUGAUACAUACCUUCAAAAUUCUUUAAUUUACGCACAUAUUUUAUAAACUUGCAUUAUUUAAGUAGUAAUAAUAGUAAAUAAUAAUAAUAAUAAUAAUUAUUAUUAUUA